AUGUUAUACCUCGAGGAUUAUUUAGAAAUGAUCGAGCAUCUACCUCAAGAGCUAAGAGAUCGCUUUACAGAAAUGCGUGAAAUGGAUUUGUCGGUUCAAAAUAACAUGGAUACCUUGGAAAAACGAGUUCGUACUUUGUUCGGAGGCUGUCGGCGAGGUGAUGUGAACUCAGAACAAGCGGAUACUGAGUUUGACGAUAUUAAAAAGGGUUAUAACAAGACUUUGGAGGAAGCAGAUGAAAAAGUAACUCUUUCAAAUCAAAUGUAUGAUCUAGUGGAUAGAUACUUGCGUAGAUUAGAUACAGAGCUUCAUAAGUUUAAAUGUGAACUUGAAGCUGAUAAUAAGGGGAUUACAGAAUUGUUAGAGAAAAGAUCCCUCGAUCUUGAUUCUAAUACAAACCAUAACACAUCAUCAAAUAAUAACCAUUAUAAGGAAAGUAGGUACCGCAUCAGAGCAGAGAAACGUCGCGAGAGUUGGAGUAAUAGGGAAGCUCGUUCCCAUGGAAGUAACGGAAGUCUAUCUAGAACUGAUUCUGCUAUACAGGCUGCUUUGGGUCGUGACUCGUACUCGUUGGGUCACGCGGGAAGUGCCAUAGCGGCAGCAGCCAGUCAAGCGAUUGCUGCUACGCAACAGAUGCAGCAAGGGCGUCGCACGGCGUCCCUCAAAGCGUCCUACGAAGCGGUGGCCGGAGACCUCUCACAUGCGCAUACGACACAUCAUACGACGCAUCAUGAUCAUGGCUCGACCGUAGUGUCGAGCGGACAUCACAGUGGCCACGCCCACUCUUCUGGAAGCUCUAACAAACGCCACAAACAGAAGAAAAGCUAUUCGUCGAGCGCCGCAUCUCUUCACGGGCAGGCGUCAAUGGCCGCCAGUCGAUCAUCGUCGCCUACACUUGUGCCCAUUAAUAAUUCAAACGUGAACAAAGUAGUCAUCGAAGAGCCGGUAGAAGAGGAAUGGGCCUACGACCCCAACGAGCCGCGUUACUGUAUUUGUAACCAGGUGUCGUACGGAGAUAUGGUCGCCUGUGACAACCACGAUUGCCCGUACGAGUGGUUCCACUACCCGUGCGUUGGUAUCACGGCACCUCCGAAAGGCAAAUGGUAUUGUCCGCAGUGCCAUACAAACAUGCGUCGCAAUCGGGCUCAUCGCAAGAACUAA